AUGGGCGUGGAGGCAGGUAAUAAGAAGGGGGAAACACGGCAAAUGAACGGCGCCUUGGCAAGAGGAAACAGGCAGACUUGCUGUUCUCUAUCGCGCUCCCAACGGAAAGAGCAACAGCGGCCCCGCAGACGGCUGCAGCGGAUUAAGACGAAGGAGGUGUGCCUUCACGCGAAGCCGAGUGGCUGCAUGUGCUGUAUAUAUGCGUGCCGGGGAGAAUAUUUGGACGUGGCUGGCACCGCUCUCUGCAUUUUUGCGUGCGUGUUAGUCUCUGCCGACACCGACUUGUGUUGCUCUAUGGCUUCGUCUGUCGUGUUUGUGCCUGUGCUGUUGCUUCUGCAGAGAGCUGCGGCUGCCCCACAGAACGCGAGCACUGUAUCUACAUCUCCAGGGUUAUCCCCGGGGCUGGUGCGCGCCGCCGCGUCUCCUUGGGGGCCUCCCAGUGCAGCUAAGAGGUUCUUAGGGGCGAAGACCUGUGGGGGCCCCUCUCCUCGAGAGUCCUUCCUUGAAGGCUCUGUUGUGUCGCAGUCUCCUUCAUCUUUCUGCUGCGCCGCGUCAGUCACGAGCGAGGCAAACACAGCUAGGACCUGUGGCAGCAGCAGCAACAGGGGGCGGUCGGGUUGCUCAGCCAAGAGGGCUCGAGACUUCCACCACCAUGUUUCAGCUAGAGGGCAAGGGGUUGCUGCUGUUGGGGGGAGGGGUCAAGACGCUCUAUAUCCAGAUGUUCAUGCGUGUCGUCCCCGAAUAUUCUUCAUUACACUUAGCUCAGUGAAGAGGCAGGCAAUUCUAAAGCUAUCAUUGGCGGCUGCAGGCCGGGGGGAGGAUCCGUCCCCUUGUGGGGAUGAUCACAGCACGCGCACCUCUUCGGCUAAGUUAGAUACAACAACGAGCAGCACUGCAGCCACAGACAAGGCGGCCUCUCCCCCGCCUCAGGGAAAGUGCGCCCUCACUGGUGGAGUAGAGGGACUUGAACUUCCUGUCGCCUGCAACGCGAUGACGCACGCAGACGAAAUAUCUAGCGAUCUUUCUCCACUGCCCACUCUUCAUUUGUUUGUUACUAUGCAGACCACUGUUUUUCAAAGAUUCAAUGCAAUAGCAGCUGAAAACUGGCAACUGACUGCCUUCGAGCUGCAGGGCUGCCGACUUGAUGCUGCGUUGUCUUGGUCUUCUCUUGACCCAUGGGUUCUGUUGCCUCUUUCUACCUAG